AAGGAAGCGUGAUUGUGGUGCCCUUCCCUGAGAGGCCAUGGCGGAUGCCUGGGAACAGCGGUCCCGGCCAUUUGGAAACACGAAUUCAUCGGCCAAUGGGGGCAGGAAAGCAAACCCGGGCCACUGAUCGGAGACUUCGUGGGUGUACGGCUGCACUAUCGCUCAGUCCGAUGAUGUUGUGCAUUCCUGAAAGAGUGAGACAGGUUGUCAUCAAGGAAAGUAUCAUCUGGAUGGAUCUCAUGAUAGAGUAGCUGCCAAGUGCCGAAGUUUAGCCGACUAUCACCCCAUCAACCUUCUAUCACAACAUCGUCCUCUUGACUCACUUUGCUAUCCAACGACAUGGCUGCACUGAGAAAUGUCAUCGCUGCAGCGCUGCUGGGCAGUGCUAUAGCAUACGAGCAGCAGCCUCUGCUCUCAUCGAGCGGCAAGAAACUACCACUGGUCGAGACCGAGAAGCUACAGGAUGCUAUCAGUGGCGAUAACCUGCUGGCCAGAGCACAGGAUCUAUACAAAAUCGCUGAGCUAUCAUGGCAUGAAUAUAAUCACCCCACACGCGUCAUCGGCAGUGCUGGUCACCAAGCCACUCUCGAAUAUAUCUGGGCGACAAUCGCAAAGCUGGGCGAUUACUACAACCUCACCGAGCAGAACUUCCCCGCUUACUCUGGCAAUGUGUUUGAAUCACGACUGGUUCUGGGAGAUGAAGUCAUUAACAAUGCUUCGGCCAUGAGCUUGACACCUCCGACUAAGGAUAACGAACCUGUACAUGGGCUUCUGGUUCUGGUGGAGAAUAGUGGUUGCUCCGCAUCGGACUAUCCGGCGUCUGUCAAGAACAACAUUGCAUUUAUCAAGCGUGGACAAUGCGCCUUUGGUGACAAGUCGCUAAAUGCUGGCAAGGCUGGCGCUCUGGCAGCAGUCAUCUACAAUAAUGAAAAUGGCACUCUGCAUGGGACCAUGGGCACUCCAGAUCCGCAACACGUUGCAACCUUUGGCAUUUCCCUCGAGGAGGCUACCCCAACGCUGGAUAAGCUGAAGUCUGGCAAAGAAGUAGAUGCGAUUGCGUACAUCGAUGCCGUCGUCAGCACUAUCCGCACUCAGAACAUUGUUGCUCAGACCAGGGAUGGUGAUCCAGACAACUGUGUGAUGCUUGGCGCUCACUCUGACUCUGUCCCUGAAGGACCCGGUAUCAAUGACGAUGGAAGCGGGACAAUUUCUCUGCUAGAAGUGGCCAGAGAGUUGACAAAUUACACUGUCAACAAUUGCGUUCGCUUUGCCUGGUGGGCAGCAGAGGAGGAAGGACUGGUCGGCUCGAACUUUUAUUCGUCCACCUUGCCCGAGGAGGAGAACCUCAAAGUCCGCCUGUUCAUGGACUAUGACAUGAUGGGUAGCCCAAACUUCGCGUACCAGAUCUACAACGCUACUAAUGACGAGAGUCCGGUCGGAAGUGAACAGCUCAGAGACCUCUAUGUCGACUGGUACAAGAAGCAUGGACUGAAUUACACAUUCAUUCCAUUCGACGGACGCUCGGACUACGAUGGCUUUAUCCGAGCAGGCAUCCCAGCCGGAGGAAUUGCAACUGGCGCUGAAGGUAUCAAGACGAAAGAAGAGGCGAAGAUCUUCGGCGGCAAAGCUGGAGAUUGGUAUGAUCCAUGCUACCACCAGCUCUGUGACGAUGUCGGUAACGUGAAUGUGACUGCAUGGGUUGUUAACACAAAGCUCAUCGCGCACUCGGUUGCUACAUAUGCUGUUAGCCUUGAUGACUUUCCAAAGAGAACCGACGCUGAAGUCAUGAAGGGCAGUGUGUAUGUGCAGAACACUAAGUAUCGUGGCAGCAGGUUGUUCAUCUGAUCUUGAGGCUUGCCGGGUCAUUAGAUAGUAUGUGUAUCAUUAGUGCCAACCCAUGGCAAUUAUUGAAUAUGCUCAAGUACCUAUAACACAUAGUAUACGCUUUGCGAGGGAAUAAAAUGAGCACCUUGCCCUGA